AUGCGACAAAAGCGCUGCCCGUCUUUCCUCUCCCACAAACAGCGAGUUGAAUUAUCCUUCUCCCACUUUGUCAACGAUAUUUAUCGACCCAUUGUGAAACCAGCAUCCCGGUGCAAGCGAAAGAAGAAGAAUGUAGACCCAAAACGAGAAUUAUAUGCCCUCCACGAACAUUCAAUAUCCCUUGUAAUGCAAUCACCGCCAGCAUCAUCCGUUUGUCUGCAUUCCAUUUCCGUCCCCCUUUCCUCAGUGCUGUUAAGCUUUUUUGCUCGAUCGCGUAGGGUAGAUAUCUUUUUUAGCGAGUCUUCCUUUACGCUGUGUUUUGAGGACAGUAACCCUCCUCACAAACGUUCCCUCAUCGACGCUGAUCUGUCCGACGCAGCAUUCCUUCUCUAUGCUGCUUCAGCCUCUUGCUUCCUCCUAUUUGCUUCCAUUGAAGUCUCUUCUUUGCGAAUCGAUGUUUCGUGGUCCCUGGACGAUUGUCGUCUUCCUCUUUAUGUGCAUGAUAUGGAAACGCAAGAGGAGUUUGUUGGUUCCAUAAAAGUGGCGUAUUCAUGUAUUCAGCGCAGCCAUUCCUCAAUAUGCAACCCAGCAGACCGGAUUAGCCAGCCCAAUCAGGUGACGGUAAAGUUGCUGGAAUAUCAGCUUGAUGCUAUUCGAUGGAUGCUAACCCGAGAGGCUGGUGUUAACAGCCCAGUUGACUCUAAGUGGAUAAAGUCAUUUUUUGUCCCUGUGACAACGGCCAAUGCGGAAGACGGUCCGUUGUAUUUCUCCAUCGUAACUGGACAUUUUGUCAAGGCUGUGCCGGAUCUCGACCCGUCCUCUUGCCUCGGUGGCAUUCUCGCGGAUGAAAUGGGGCUGGGAAAAACGUUGGAGAUAAUCUCACUCAUCCUCCUUCAUCCCUUCACCGUCCGUGUUGAUGUCUUAGGCCGAUUAUAUAGCCUCUCCAAGAAUGAGGAUCUACCUUCAGACUGCGUUGCUUUCAGUGUCGGCGAUUGCAUCGGUAUUCCGAUAGAAAGCGUGUUAACAAAGGAAGUUCACGCCAGCGCUGAGAGCUAUGACUCAACUGAACCCAUGGCUGAAAGCUGCGACGAUGAGAACUUGCGUUGCCCAUGUGGUGGGGUUCCGGAAACGGCUCACCUCCAGAGAGUUUCCUGCACGAAUUGCUCUUCUCCAUUCCAACAGCACGCGGCCUGUGUUCAGUACGAGCCGGUCAUAUAUCAGCCUGAUGGACUGCCAAUAUAUUGCAACUACAUUUGUCCACAUUGUUGGUCUGAGCUUAGAGUACAUUCCAAGGCAACACUGAUUGUGUCUCCGGAUCACAUUUUUCGUCAAUGGCAGGACGAGUUGUUGGAUCAUGUUGAUUUAAAAAACAUGUCAAUUGUGAUUUACAAUGGCAUUGACAUGCCACCUACACGACUACUUCAAGUUGAUGGUUCUCGCUGGCCCUCCGGAAGAAGGCAGGCACGGCAACGUUCUUCGCGUAGCGGUGACCUCCCGGGACAGCCUGAAGAAGAAUCCGAAUUCCGUCCUGGUUUUGUCCAACCUGCCUUUCUGGCCGCUGCCGACAUUGUUCUUACCACCUAUUCCAUCGUCCAGCGUGAACUGGGCUGGGCGAGUGUCUCGGUGGAACAGAGGACGGGUCUGGGACAUCGGCCACAUCUUCGUACAGCCCAGCGCUACCUCACGACACCCAGCCCGCUGACCUGCGUUAUCUGGUGGCGGCUUUGUCUUGACGAGGCACAAAUGGUCGAGAACGUGACUUCCAAGACUGCUCGCAUGCUUUCCGAAGUAAACGCAAUUCACCGAUGGUGUGUGACAGGAACUCCGGCAGAAAAAAGUAUUGAUGUCACAGUGUUGUCGAACAUUCUGUGGCGGAAUACCAAGUCUCUUGUGGGUAAUCAGUUGACCCUACCGACCGUUAGCGAGCAGAUUCAUUGUACGUAUCUCAUUUUCAUGUUUGUUAAUUUGGCUAUCAGGGUUGAUUUCACAUCUGUGGAACGCUAUAUACACGAUCGCGUGCUUUCUGAGUGUGCAAAAACGCUGCAGGAAGUCUUCAACGAGGAACUAUCUGUGCCUCGUAGCUGCCUUGAUCCCAGCCCCUCGAAGCAAGAACUGCUUGAAAAGCCGUUGUGCGGACUGUCCGGAGUGGCUCACUGGCGUCUCAUUGGUCUGGUAACGCGUGCAAGACAGGCCUGCACCCAUGCCAGUUUGGUCGUCUUGAAUGCCAAU